UAAAUAGAAGAUUUCAAAUAGUGUUUUACUAUAAACGUAAAAGAAUACAUAUACACUCAUAACAGCGCAAACGUAAAUAUUACAAACAUAAACAUAUUUUUAUAUUACAAAGAGUAAAGAACCAAAUAAGCAUACAACAUAUUGAUUAUCUAAAUGGAAAUUAAAAAAAUAAAUCAUACGGAGAUGCGUAAUCAACCAAACCAAAAACACACCACACUGGUACAUUUCACUAUAGCAUAAGAGACACAACAAAUCUCAUGAAGUACUUAAUUAUUCAAGGACUCGAUUUAGUUGUAGUAGGGGGAGGAGAGAACAUUGGAAUGGAUGGGAAAUUGGUCGGGAGAGAAGGAAGUGUUGUCGGAAAUGAAGGUAGAGUUGGCAUUGGAAUUGGAGGGAUUGAAGUGGGAAUUGUGGGAAGAUUUGUUUGUGGCAAUGUUGAUGGCAGUGGAGGAAUUGAAGUGGGCAUGGUGGGAAGAGUUGGUUGUGGCAAUGUUGAUGGCAAUGGAGGUAGUCCCAUUGUUGGGAUAGGCAUAUUUGGAAUUUGAGGAAGAGGUGGUUGUUGGAGAAGACGGCGUGAGGCUAAGCAUGUGUUGAUCGUAGUAGAGAAAGAAAGACUCACUAAGAAAGCAAUGAGAAAAAGCUUGAUUGAUGCCAUUUUGGAUGUGUUUGGCGAGUUCUUUUUUAUCCACUUUCUAAUUGCUUCUUUGGUUAUUGCUUUGUGUUGAU